GUUUCGUUCAUUGAACGCCGCCUUUCAUUGUUGAUCUUGUUUAUCAUAUUUCAAACAUUGGACUAGGACACUUAAACAUUGUAUACGUUGUAUCCGUUUGAGGUAUUUACUUUGAGAGAACAAAAUGAAAAUAAAGAAGUGAAACCUAUAGAUAAUCAUAUUUUACGUGCUGAGAUGCGUUUAAGUUUGAACACUCCCCGUAAGUAUAAAAAUUUAUCAAAAGUAUACGCGAAGUCAGCCAGUCUUGUUAUUGUCUAUCUUGGGUAUUCUUGAUAAAAGGCAUAGAGACUCGUUUUUCUAUUUUCAAAAUAUUCUUAGAAUACAUGCAGAAAAUAAAGCCAAUGGAUUUAUUAUUAUAUUUUACUUAAACAGAUAAAAUUGUGUUGAUAAUAGACCUUUUCAUAAAUACAACGAAGUGUUGUCUGUUUGAUACAUUUAAUAUUCUCUUAUUUUACUAAGGACAUUUGCAGGUAAUCAUCGAAACCGCGAAUCACUUUGUUUCCAGAUUUUUAAACAGUUUCAUACGUGACCAGAAAACAUCAGGCACAAUAUCCUACUUACCAUUUUGUGUUAAUUGAAAAUCAUUUUCAAAAGUAUGCACAUAACAUUGAUUUUGUACAUUUACAGCGAUUGAUGUAAAGAAAGUUUCUAACAAAGGUGUAUCAUUUCCGGAUCCAGACAAAACAGUGUCGGACAAAGAUGAUGCAAACACCGACUGGUUUAAACAGGCCAGUAGCAGUUUACGCUUAGAAGCAGCCGCGUUGAAAAAUACAUCAGUGCAAUACGCUACAACAGCCGUCAUGUAUAGAGAUUUGUCGAAAAUCUUGCCAAACAAUCGGAACAAUACAAAUAACAAUGCGGAGGAUACUGAUGAUGUUAUAAAUGCACCCAUUCUUUCGUUGACAAUUUCACCACGAGUGUCGGAUAAAUUGGACCCACCACUCCAAUUGAAUUUUACUCAUGACAUGACUAAUUUCUCCAAUCCAUUGUGUUCGUAUUGGGAAUUUCCAAAUGGUAACACUGGACAAGGCUUUUGGUCUUCAGAUGGGUGUAUUGUAAAAUCUACAAAUACUAACUACACAAUUUGUCUAUGUGACCAUCUGACCAACUUUGCUGUUUUGAUGAGCCCUUUCUUGGAGGCAGAUGCAGCAUUCAAAGCACUCCGAAUAAUUUCUAUAACCGGUAUCGGGAUCUCAAUAGCAUGUUUAACAGUUACCCUUAUCGUUUACAUUUUCUUUUGGAAGUAUCUGCGGAAUGAUCGCACCACUGCCCCUUGAUAAAUUUGUGUGU